AUGGAAAACUCAGAUUCCGACGAUGAAGAAAAUGAGUCUGCAGCCCACCGCAUAAGUCAGGUGGACCGAUUAGCUCGGGAAGAAGCUUUCUAUCGAUUUGUAAAUAACCUGAGUGUAGACGAUUACAGGCUUAUGAGGGAUAACAAUUUGUUAGGUACCCCAGGUGAAAGUACUGAAGACGAGUUGCUGGAAAGACUACAAGAAAUUAAAGAGGACCCGGCACCAGAAUACUCAGGUGGAGGAAACUCUCCAGAGGAAGUGUCUAAUAGUGACUCCAUUGUAGACUGGCUUAGCACUUUUGGACAAAUUGAAAAUACAACAAGAAGUGGGCCAACAGAAAACGAAUCUUGGAGGGAAGUCAGCCAGACUAGUCCUAACAGUGGGGAUUUCAGAUUCAGUUUAGAAAUGAAUUUUGACCAUAAUGGGAGCCCAGAUCCAGAGAAUGAAUAUGCACCAUCUGCAAGAUUUUCCAGGAGAGAAAAUAUGGAAAAUAACAGCCAAAGGCAAGCGGGAAAUCCACUCUCUCAAUCAACAUUUUCAUGGCUAACUAGAGCUGAACUAAGUGCAUUUUUAACAGGAGAAGUCAUACCUAUACCUAUCAGAGGACAGAAAAGGCCGAGAAGCAUGAGCCCCGAGCAUCAGAGAACCAGAGCAAGAGUUGAAAGUGGGUCACCUCUGAAUCCAAUGAGUGAAGUUUCACAAAGAUCUCAUCAUAUUGCUUCGUCUCAGACUUUUGAGCAUCCUCUAGUCAAUGAGACUGAGAUUUUUUCUAGAACCCAGCAUCAUGAAACACUAAGAGAGCAAAUAACUGGAACUGACUUGCAAAGUAGGAGUCUUUUUACAAAUUCUCGAGCAGUGGAUGCCUCUCAAGGAGAAAGUUCUCAAGACACAACCAGCAUUGAGGAAUCUUGGGGAUCAGAACACAGGAACCCAACCAUGCUCUUAGAUGGUGAAGUAAGAAGAGUUCGUUCUGAAGAAUAUUGGCAGAGAGACAGCAUAGCUAGUACAGCUCCGUUAAUAUCUCAGACACCAAGCAACAACAUCACUUACGAGGGUGAACAAGGAGGUUUCAGGCAUGUGUUUUCACAGUCUGAACAGCCAGGUGUGAGAACUUACGUCAGUUACAUCAGAAUCCCCAUUCAUAGAACUUUAAAUACUGGUGUAAGUGAUACUACAUCUGAUGCAAUUCAAAGCACAGUAAGGCAGGUGAUGACAGGAUUUGAUGAGUCAAAUGACUUUAUGCACAGUGAUACUAAUUUAGAGCAUAGUGGCUCAUCUCCAAGUCAAAGUAUAGAAUAUGCAGAGUCAGAGAAUGGAAGUGAUGGUGGUUCUGAUGGCAUUAGCCAUUCUGGUUCUAAUUCGAACCCUAGCAUUCAUUACAGUCCAAGUGUUACAUCAAUUCCCAGCUCAAUCUCCAGUUACAUUUCUAGUUCAAAUUCUAGUCCAAUGUCCGUUUCCAGCUCCAGUGAUGAAAUUUCAGAAAUUAGCUCAGAGUUAUUUGAAAACAGUAAUCAAGGAAGUAUAGCAUCAGGGUCAUCAUCAGGAGCCAGGCAAGAGGGUCAACAUAGGGCCCCAUUAAUAUUGGAUGAAAGUGACCCUUGGCCCUUUCUUAACCUGGCUCAGUUUUUCCACCUAAAUGAAGGUAAUCAGGAUCAACCUACAGGACUCACCAAGGCACAGAUUGACAACUUGGAAGUGCGAAGCUUUGGUGACCCUGAUGCAUUAAAAUCCUGUAGCAUUUGCAUCACAGACUACACAGAGGGCACCAAGCUUUGCAUACUACCUUGCUCCCAUGAAUAUCAUCUCCAUUGUAUCGAUCGCUGGCUGGCUGAAAACAAUACCUGUCCAAUUUGUCGCCGUAAAGUCAUAGUUUCUGGUGACAGAGAAAAUUUUGAGAUCUGA